UAUCAUUAUUUUUUAUCUGUUUGCUUUUGGUAUUUGGUAACUUGGUUGUAAAAUUUUCUUUAAUUGUUAAUUUGUAUUCAAAAACAGUUAUAGUUUAGGUAAUAAGUAUUAUUUCAAUAGAGGUUAUAGAAUAAUUAAGGGUCAUUAUAAGUUAAAUAGCAUAAAAUACUGUUAAAAUGAAUCCUUGUUCUGUGGCAGCCCCACAACAAGAUACUGAUGGUGAUGGCAGAUGGAAUAGCAUUCAUAACAGAUUUCUUUCUGAUGCUAAAGGGAAAGAUGGAGAUGUUAUUUUCAUCGGCGAUUCUAUUUUACAAGCAUUAGAACACACGGAAGUAUGGAACCAGUGGUUUGCCCCACUUCACUGCCUUAAUUUUAGCAUUCACAAAGAUCAAACUCAAAAUGUUUUAUGGCGUAUAAAAAAUGGAGAACUUGAUCAUGUCGAUCCAAGAGUGAUAGUUUUGCAUGUGGGAACAAACAAUGUUGAUCAUACUCCCGAACAAGUCUGUGAAGGUAUUUUAGAAAUAGUCAAUACAAUCAGAGAAAAACAUCCAAGUGUAUAUAUUGUAUUACCAAGUCUACUUCCACGGGGUCAGUAUCCAAAUGUUCUGAGAGAAAAAAAUUCUAAAAUCAAUCAACUCUUGCGUGACAAGGUUCCUUGCUUCAAUAAGGUAGAGAUGGUAUCAAUAGAUAAAGGUUUCAUACAAAGUGAUGGCACAAUUAGCCACCAUGAUAUGCACGACUACCUCAUACCAACUAAUGCAGCUUGUCGGAAGGCUUUUGAACCAGUAUAUGAUCUCUUACAGCAAAUACUGUCUGAAGGCGAGCCUGAAAAAGACUUGACACCCUCUGAAUAAUAUUUUAUAAACAAAGACACUCAAUAGCUUUUUAAUGUGCAGCAAGCUUAUUGUGAUUGAAUAGUAGUACUUAAAUUUAGCUUUUUUAUCUUAGACAUAAGUGUCAAAUGUUUUAUAUUAAUUUAUUGUUUUCCUAUUUUUACUUUUACAUUCCAAAUUAAUUAAUUAUUUAAUUGGCUGUGUUAACUGUUAUUAGGCUCAUAGAAAUACAUCACGCACUAAUAAUAAUUUACAUAAUUAGGGGGAAGCACUGAUAAAUAAAAUAAUCUUGCAUGAUAUACAUAAUAUAUUGGACAUACUAUUAUUCUUAACUAUACAGGUAAUUUUUACUACUUCGAUAAUAAUAGAUUCUCUUUACAAAGUCAAAAUGUAAAAUAGUCAUUAAAAUAAUUUUAAAUAUUUUUUAAUAAUUAUAAUUAGACUAGAUCCAGUUCUUCAUGAAUUAAAAUGCAUUUAAAGAGAAGUUUUUUACUAAAUGAGGACAUUAAAUUAUGGAGAAAGGUUGUAAUCUAAAAUUAUUAAUUCAUGAUUCUGCAAUGUCAUUGUACUUAUUUUUAUAUUAUUUUAAAUGGGAAUUUAUGUGUGUGAAUCUAGCUAGUGACUUCCAAAUUUUAUUUUACAUAAAAUAGUUCAAUUUUUCAAAGUAAUUUUUAAACUAUUUUCAAAGAAACAACCAGUGCUCAUUAUCUCCUUAGAGCAAUUAAUUUGUGUUGCAAACACCAAAAGCCACAUAGAGCCCACUUUAUAGGACUGAGAGGUGAUAGGAACAAUUGAGUUUCAAGAUCCCUAGAUGGUCUGUAGCCAAAAAGAUUUUUGUUAAAGAUAACAUGUAAUUUUGUAAAUUAUUAAUGUGUUUGAAACACUUAUACUAAUAUGAAUUACAUUUAAUGGAAUUGAGUGUAACCAAAGAUUUUUUCAGUCUCAACCAAAGUGUACAUUACAAUGAGAAUGAUAUUCAUAAUACAUUGGAUUUAAAUAUUUUGUAACAGGCUCAAAAAAACAAAGACAUAACACAAUAAAUUGUUAAAAAAACCACUGUAGUUUAAUAAUUAUAGUAAUUAUAUUAAAAGUUACUUCCUAUAAUUAUUGUAUAAAUUACCAUAUUUUUUUUACUGAUUUUUAAACACAAUGUAUCUGAAAGUAUUACAAAUAUUUAUGGUACUACAUAUAUCUACUCGAGUUGCCAAACUGCUUGAAUCUC